CGGCCCCCUGCCUACAUCGGCCCGGGAGAAAUCGCCAGAGUCAACGGCGCCGCGGUGCAAAGCAGAGCAACCCGGGGCAUCAGCCGGGGCCAGCAGCGCGGGCAGCGUGGGCAGCGUGGGCAGCGCGGGGCCCAGCGGGUCCCUCCGGUCGCAGCAUGACCCGGCGCGCCGAACGGGUCAUAUCCCUGUUCACUUUUGCUGUUGGAAUCAAUAUCUGCUUAGGAUUUGCAGCAAAUCGAGUUAAGAGGUCAGAAGGAUUGCACGAAGGCCCUCCUACAGUGUUAUCAGACUCUCCCUGGAUCAACACUUCCGAGUCUUGCAAGGGAAGAUGCUUUGAGCUUCAAGAAUAUGGCCCCCCAGAUUGUCGCUGUGACAACCUGUGUAAGAGCUACAGCAGUUGUUGCCAUGACUUUGACGAGCUCUGUUUAAAGACGGCUGGUGGCUGGGAAUGUACAAAGGACAGAUGUGGAGAAGUAAGAAAUGAAGACCACGCCUGUCACUGCUCGGAGGACUGCUUGGCUAAGGGAGACUGCUGUACUAAUUACCAAGUGGUUUGCAAAGGAGAGUCACAUUGGGUAGAUGAUGAAUGUGAGGAAAUCAAGACCCCGGAAUGCCCUGCUGGGUUUGCUCGCCCUCCAUUAAUCAUCUUCUCUGUGGAUGGUUUCCGUGCAUCGUACAUGAAGAAAGGGAGCAAGGUCAUGCCCAAUAUUGAGAAGCUGAGGUCCUGUGGCACACACUCUCCCUACAUGAGGCCUGUGUACCCGACAAAAACCUUCCCUAACUUGUACACUCUGGCCACCGGGCUGUAUCCAGAAUCACAUGGAAUUGUUGGCAAUUCAAUGUAUGAUCCUGUAUUUGAUGCCACUUUUCAUCUACGAGGGCGAGAGAAAUUUAAUCACAGAUGGUGGGGAGGCCAGCCGCUAUGGAUUACAGCCAGCAAGCAAGGAGUGAAAGCUGGGACAUUCUUCUGGUCUGUGGUCAUCCCUCACGAGCGGAGAGUAUUAACCAUACUACAGUGGCUCACGCUGCCAGACAGCGAAAGGCCUUCAGUCUAUGCCUUCUAUUCUGAACAGCCUGAUUUCUCUGGACACAAAUAUGGCCCUUUUGGCCCUGAGAUGACAAAUCCUCUGAGGGAAAUUGACAAAACAGUGGGGCAGUUAAUGGAUGGACUGAAACAGCUAAAUCUGCACCGCUGUGUAAAUGUCAUCUUCGUUGGAGACCAUGGAAUGGAAGACGUGACCUGUGACAGAACAGAGUUCUUGAGUAAUUACCUCACCAAUGUGGAUGACAUUACUUUAGUGCCUGGAACCCUAGGAAGAAUUCGACCCAAAUUUCCCAACAAUCCGAAAUAUGACCCUAAAGUCAUUAUUGCUAACCUCACGUGUAAAAAACCAGAUCAGCACUUUAAGCCUUACAUGAAACAACAUCUCCCCAAACGUUUGCACUAUGCCAACAACAGAAGAAUUGAGGACAUCCACUUGCUGGUGGACCGUAGAUGGCAUGUGGCGAGGAAACCCUUGGAUGUUUAUAAGAAGCCAUCAGGAAAAUGCUUUUUCCAGGGAGACCAUGGCUUUGAUAACAAAGUCAACAGCAUGCAGACUGUUUUUGUAGGCUAUGGCCCAACAUUCAAAUACAAGACUAAAGUGCCUCCUUUCGAAAACAUUGAACUUUACAAUGUUAUGUGCGAUCUCCUGGGUUUGAAACCAGCUCCUAAUAAUGGUACACAUGGAAGUUUGAAUCAUCUCCUGCGUACUAACACCUUCAGGCCAACCAUGCCAGAGGAAGUGACCAGACCCAGUUAUCCAGGGAUUAUGUACCUUCAGUCUGAUUUUGACCUGGGAUGCACCUGUGAUGAUAAGGUAGAACCAAAGAACAAACUGGAUGAACUCAACAAACGCCUUCAUAUAAAAGGGUCAACAGAAGCUGAAACCAGGAAAUUCAGAGGCAGCAAAAAUGAAAACAAGGAAAACGUUAAUGGAAAUUUUGAACCUAGAAAAGAGAGACACCUUCUUUAUGGACGGCCUGCAGUGCUUUAUCGGACUAGAUAUGACAUUUUAUAUCAUACUGACUUUGAAAGUGGUUAUAGUGAAGUAUUCCUGAUGCCACUCUGGACAUCUUACACUGUUUCCAAACAGGCCGAGGUCUCUGGCAUCACUGAGCACCUGACCAAUUGCAUCCGACCUGAUGUUCGUGUUUCUCCAAGUUUCAGUCAGAGCUGUUUGCCCUACAAAAAUGAUAAACAGAUGUCCUAUGGAUUCCUCUUCCCGCCUUAUUUGAGUUCUUCACCAGAAGCUAAAUAUGAUGCAUUCCUUGUGACCAAUAUGGUUCCGAUGUAUCCUGCUUUCAAACGGGUCUGGAAUUAUUUCCAAAGGGUAUUGGUGAAGAAAUAUGCUUCAGAAAGAAAUGGAGUUAAUGUAAUAAGUGGACCCAUUUUUGACUAUGAUUAUGAUGGAUUGCAUGACACACAGGAGAAAAUCAGACAGUACGUGGAAGGCAGCUCCAUCCCGGUUCCUACCCACUACUAUAGUAUCAUCACCAGCUGCCUGGAUUUCACUCAGCCUGCUGAUAAGUGUGAUGGUCCUCUCUCAGUCUCCUCAUUCAUCCUUCCUCAUCGAGCUGACAAUGAGGAGAGCUGCAAUAGCUCAGAGGAUGAGUCGAGAUGGGUAGAAGAACUCAUCAAAAUGCACACAGCUCGAGUGAGGGACAUCGAGCAUCUCACUGGUCUGGAUUUCUUCCGAAAGACCAGCCGUAGUUAUCCAGAAAUUCUGUCACUGAAGACGUAUCUGCAUACGUAUGAGAGCGAGAUUUAACAUUCUGAUCACCUGCAGUGCAGUCUUAAAACUGGUGUAUAUUUUUAUAUUGUUUUAUAUUUAUUAAUUUGAAACCAGGACAUUAAAAAAAAGUUAGUAUUUUAAUCCCAGACCAAAUCUGACAUAUUACGCCUGAAGGACUCCACUGUUUUUCUGUAAUGCUUGAUUAGAUAGUCUUGUGUUCCGAGUAGUGCUUAUAAUAAAUAUGCUGCUUGUAUCAUUAGUGGAAGCUUCUAAAGGGUUCUAAAUGUUGCACAUUCCAUAGCUCACUGAGGAAAUGUUGGUUUUCCAGUGCUCAGUUGCCACACUUGGUCCUGUACUGUCACGAAAUACUGAUUUUGUAAAGUUGCAUUCACUUACUGUUAAUUAUUACAGACAUAUUUAAGUCUUAUAAACAAAUCUUAACUAUAAUAAAUCACACAUUCAGGUUU